CUAUCACACGAGUUAAGUUAUUUAGCUUGUUUUUUCGCCGCAUGGUGCGCCACAAAGCUCUCCUCGCCAUUCGGCCAAAUGUGCGCAAAAACAGUGUUGCCCGUCCUGUUUUAAGUCCAUGUCUAAAAAAGCACACCGUCAUCGCUGCCCUCGCUCAUUCCCUGAAAAAUGCUACGUAAUAUGGAGCCAGUGUGCCUUCUUUCUGGUGUUGGUUCCGUCGCGAGGUCAAUGGGUGGUGUCAGGUGCUGGUGUCCUGGUUGCUGACUGUCUGUGUCUUCUUCCGGAGACGCGGCACCGGUUGCGACUGUGCGGGUACCUCAAGUUUUCGCGGCGCACGACUGUGCGCAGGGAGAGAAAUCGAGUGUGCGCAUGAACUGUGAGCAACCGCUCCUGUCUCCUAAUUCCUUGCCCGCGUCGUUCUGAAUCUCAGCGUCGUAGACCUUCGUGUUUCAUAGUUCCGUCUAACCACGUGUUCCUGUGAGAUUCGUCUGCCAUCGAUGAGGCCGCAUUUCCCACGUGCGAAUCCGUCGAAACCAGUUAUCGAGUUCCGUCUCCGACAAGACCUGCAUGCCUUGCCAGUCCCGCCAUCUGCUCCAUUCUGGUCAUCAUCCAAAAGUAUCUUUCUGAUGUAACCUCCCCUCGGAUGCAGCGUAGUUGUCUACAAAUUUCUGGGUGUUCGGCGUUGUACUUGCCAAUGGCGUGGCCACGGGGCCUCAGCGGCCCACCCCGUGGCAGAAGUCGGCGCUUAACUCCCCGCGGGCGUCUGCUCUUUCUACGGGGUGCCCUCCUCGUUGCCUUGGUCCAGCAGACGGUGGGUCACACCAUCGAACUCUCCACACAGGCAACUUCAGUCUUCGGGUUCAUCCCUUCUGGCAUUCCAGCUGGUCACCGGUCGUCGAUCAAGGCGCGGUUCUGCUCUUCUGUUGGUCGCGCUUCUCCGCUCCGCACCGUCACUUGCUCGAAGCCGCAAACCGCUUCGUGGUACAACAAUCUUCUCUAUCGCUUCAACUUGCCUCAUGUGGUCGAGGAACCAAGCAGAUCCACGGAGCUGCGCAUGGCCGAGGACGGUCUCGUGCUGAAUUCAGAAGACUACACUGAAAAGGCUUGGGAGGCGAUGGGCGCUCUAGGCGAACUCGCGGACAAACUCGAGUCUGGAUACGUUGAGGCGGAAAUGCUCCUCAAAGCUCUCUUGGAUGACGGACCGGAUGGUCUCGCGACACAAAUCUUUUCGAAAGCCGGAGCAGAUGUACCCAAAAUGCAGGAAGAACUCAACCGCCACCUGAAGACGCAGCCGCGAAUGACAAUGGGUUUUUCUGACCAGAAAGUUCUCGGUCGAGGACUGCAAAACGUCCUCACUGCUGCCCAGCGGUACAAACGCGAGUUCAAGGACCAGUACUUGAGCGUGGAACAUCUCGUCUUGGCUCUCGCAGCCGAGGACACCAAAUUCACCAGGCCUUUUCUCACUCGGGGAAACGUCUCCUUCAACAAGCUGCGGAGUGCUGUCGAAGACAUUCGCGGCAAGAAGAAGGUCACGUCGAAGAACCCCGAACUCGCCUACCAGGCUCUGGAGCGCUACUCGCGGGACCUGACGGCGGCGGCGCGUGCGGGGAAGCUCGAUCCGGUCAUUGGACGCGACGACGAGAUUCGCCGCACCAUUCAGAUUCUUUCUCGACGAACGAAAAACAAUCCAGUUCUCCUCGGAGACCCCGGUGUGGGGAAAACAGCCAUCGUGGAGGGGCUUGCCCAACGGAUCAUUUCUGGAGAUGUCCCCGACUCGCUCAAGGGGCGCCGCGUGAUCUCCCUGGACAUGGCGGCGCUCAUUGCAGGCGCAAAAUAUCGCGGGGAAUUCGAAGAACGACUCAAAGCAGUGCUCAAGGAGGUGCAGGACGCAGAGGGAGACGUUGUCAUGUUCAUCGACGAAAUUCACACAGUCGUGGGCGCCGGCGCUGGAGGCGAAGGCGGCGCGAUGGAUGCAGGCAACAUGCUCAAGCCCAUGCUAGCUCGAGGAGAAUUUCGGUGUAUUGGAGCGACGACCACCAACGAGUACCGCCAGUACAUUGAGAAGGACAAGGCACUGGAGCGGCGGUUUCAGAAAGUGCUGGUUGAGGAGCCGCAAGUCAGCGAGACCAUCAGCAUUCUCAGAGGCUUGAAAGAUCGGUACGAGGUGCACCACGGUGUCCGGAUCCUCGACUCAGCUCUAGUGGAAGCUGCAAAUCUCGCUCAUCGCUACAUCAGCGACCGAUUCUUGCCUGAUAAGGCGAUAGAUCUCGUCGACGAAGCAGCCGCUCGACUGAAAAUUCAAGUUUCUAGCAAACCGAUCCAGUUGGACGAAAUCGACCGACGUCUGCUGCAGCUGGAAAUGGAGAAAAUUUCGAUUCAGGGCGACGGUCGAGAACGCAUGCUGGAGGAGCAGGAGAAGUGGCGACUGCGCAGUGUUGAAAGUCAGAUCGAACGCCUGAAGGCUGACCAGGGCAAGUUGACUGAAGAGUGGACAAAAGAAAAGUCUCAAGUCGAUGCGAUUCGCGCAUUCAAGGAACGCAUAGACGUUGUCAAGGUGGAAGUCGAGAAAGCGGAACGCGAUUUCGACCUAAACAGAGCUGCCGAACUGCGAUUCGAGACCCUCCCCGAUCUGGAACGACAACUGAAGGAAGCGGAAGAGCAGUACAAGGAAUCGACUGCGGGAGGCAAGCGAAUGCUACGAGACGAAGUCACAGUCGACGACAUUGCCACCGUGGUUGCGAUGUGGACAGGCAUCCCCGUAACGCGGCUGAAGCAGAGUGAAAAAGAAAAGCUGCUCAACCUGGAAAAAGACCUGCACCGUCGAGUCGUCGGACAGGAUCAUGCGGUACAGGUGGUCGCCGAAGCAAUCCAGCGUUCUCGUGCAGGACUCAACGAUCCGAACCGACCGAUCGCCAGUUUGUUCUUCCUCGGACCCACGGGCGUUGGGAAGACCGAACUGUGCCGAAGCUUGGCGGAACUCAUGUUCGAUUCGGAGGACGCAAUGGUGAAAAUCGAUAUGAGCGAAUACAUGGAGAAACACACCAUUUCACGGCUGUUGGGCGCCCCUCCCGGCUACGUCGGCUACGAGCAGGGAGGCCAACUCACGGAUGAAGUGCGGAAGAAACCGUACUCAGUGAUUCUUUUCGACGAGAUGGAGAAGGCGCACCCAGAUGUCUUCAACGUCUUGCUGCAGAUUCUGGACGACGGCCGAGUGACAGACGGCAAGGGAAAUGUCGUCAAUUUCCGGAACUGCAUCGUUAUCUUCACAUCUAAUCUUGGCUCUCAGCACAUCCUCGAAAUGGCACGCGAUCCGGCGCGCAAACAGGAAAUGAAAACCAAGGUGAUGCAGACUGUACGAGAAACCCUGAGGCCAGAGUUCUUCAAUCGCAUCGACGAAUUCGUGAUCUUUGACUCACUUAGCAAGAAAGAACUGAAGAGCAUUGUCGGACUGGAAAUGGCGAAUGUUGCCGAUCGGCUGCUGGAGAGGAAGGUGAAACUGAAGGUGGAGGACUCUGCCUUGGCAUACCUUGCUGACGUGGGGUACGAUCCAGCGUAUGGGGCCCGGCCACUGAAACGGUUGAUCCAGCGCGAGGUCGAAACGCCAAUUGCCCAGAACAUGCUGAAGGGCGUGGUGAAUGAAAACGAUGUCGUGGCUAUCGCUGCGGAGGGCGGCAGGCUGAAGUUUUCUUUUUCUUCCUCAAACAAGUCUUAAUAUGCCGUCAGGACCACAGCCUUAGGGCUAUGUACAUCGUGUGACAGGUUGUGUGGGAAGCUCACGACGUCUGUGUAGAAACAUGAGCCGGCUGUCAAAGGGAACUACGUGUUUUGCCGAUGCUGUUUUUGCGUGUUAAUCUCUUCUGCUUAGUGCGAGGCUGGGAUGGAGAACCGGGCUGUUCAACAGCGCCACUUACUGCCCUCACUGUAACGUCAGGCGCAGCCGCACGUCAGAAGGGUCAUGGAUGGAGAGAGGGGUGAGUGGGCAGAGUUAUACGUCUGCGUGUGGAAGCCGUCCGGUUUUGCAAACAUUUUUCGAAAAGCCUGCUGCAGUGGAGGGCCAGCGCCUUUUGGUCGAGUAAUUUUGCAUAUUUGUUGCUUUUUCUGGCUACUGAGUUUAUAUUGGGGAUCACUUGUGAGGCUAGCAAUAGCUUCAAAACCAAAUGAUUUACGGCGAACAUCUUUCAAGAAUCAGGGCGUCCCAGAUUCUGAUAGAAUAACUCUCUAUUCCGGUCUUCUUAUGAUACUUGUCCGUAUAUUGAGUACAAACUGCUGCCUUUCGAUUUUGUCUAGCAAAUCUGGCUAUGUUAGUAUCUUUGCCGUCGCUUGUCUCAAUGUCGGUUCUGUAGUUUCCGCUUGCGAUUGUUGGCCUGCGUGCGGCAUUUCUUUUUCUUUCAACUGCAGUUCAAAGCAGCCUUAGUAAGUGUUUUCAGAGACAUCAAUGUAUACAGAGUCAGUGAACCCGCAAACGGGCCAGAACCGUGUUUUUCUCUUUGGUGGAUGUGAGAUUCCUGG